AUGUGUGAAACGCGUCGUGACAUCGCAUGGGAGAAGCGGUGCCCCCAGAUUUUUCGGCAAGAGCAGACGAAGAACGGCAGCAACGAUGGCAACGACUUGACAGACGAGGACCUAAAUGAGCUGAAAGGGUGCAUAGAACUAGGAUUUGGGUUCAACGAAGAAGAGGGACAAAGGCUGUGUAAUACAUUGCCGGUGCUUGACCAAUAUUUUAGGGUGAAACGUCAGCUUUCGACGAGCUCGGUCUCGACACCGGAUAGUAGAGGUUCGUCGACGUCGCUUGGUGGUAGAUCUUCAUCGUUUGAAAGCCCGAUAAGCGAUGAUUCAUGGAAGGUUUGUAGCCCAGGUUAG